UGAAAUGUCAAACGAUGUUUCACUCUUGUCAUUUUUCAUUUCCUUUUUGAUUAGUGGACCGUCCUAUUCAUAGUUUUUGUGAUUGUUACAAUAAAUAAAGAGUAAUGAUGGCUGAAGACACGACAGCCGACGCGACGAGGCGACUGAACGUGAAGAAGCAGACCCUGGAUGAUGCCUACGCGGCACCGGCUAACUUCCUAGAAAUCGACGUCGUGAACCCAGUCACGACCAUGGGAGUAGGGAAAAAACGUUACACGGAUUAUGAAGUUCGUAUGAGGACAAACCUGCCAGUGUUUAAAGUAAAAGAAUCCAGCGUGAGACGGCGGUACAGCGAUUUUGAAUGGCUUAGAAACGAAUUGGAAAGAGACAGUAAGAUUGUGGUUCCGCCCCUACCUGGUAAAGCCCUCAAAAGACAACUACCAUUCCGUGGAGACGAUGGUAUAUUCGAAGAGGAAUUUAUUGAGGAUCGUAGAAAAGGUCUGGAAGUAUUCAUCAACAAGAUAGCCGGCCACCCGUUGGCGCAGAACGAGCGGUGCCUUCACAUGUUCCUCCAGGAGCCCACUAUAGACAAGAGCUAUGUCCCCGGAAAGAUACGAAACACAUAAUAGACAAUACCGGAAACAGAUGCGAGCUUCGAACUUUAAAACCAACCUCCUUGUGUCACCGUAUUGGCCUAUUACCAAAAAGGUUUUGGACUCGUGUUAUAGUUCCCCUUGUUAAACGUGAUGUUGAUGUUAUGUGUUAUGUAUGUGCGUUCGUAAUUGCAAAUUCACGCGCACAUCGACCUUGUGUGUGACCCCAGUCAAUAUCUUCACUAUUUACAAGGUUCGCAGCUACACAGAUUAUUCCUAUAACAAAUGUAUGUUGAUUGUGUCAAAAUAUAUGAAUUUGAUUAGUGAAAGUGUUUAUGGUGACAUAAAUUCUGUCUGGUACACGGAGGAGUCAGGUACAGGCGUCUGUGUUGCAAUGUGUUACGUAAUAAAUAGACAGCUAAAAGACAACAGGUAUUGAAUGUUGAUAGGCCAGUCUCUCCACCAAGUGAGUAGUUUUAAAGUUCCUCCCGAAUGUUAUUGCAGUUGUGACAUACAAAUAUCAAUACCUUGCCUUCUAGUUUUUGUUAUGAAACACAAUUUGCAAUAAUCUUCAGUGAUUACAAUAUAAAUUAUCUUAAGGUAAUGCAAACUAUUUGAGACGACAACAUUACACAGCACAGCAUUCCACAGAUUAUAUUUUAUAAAAAAAAGAAAAUGCUCUUUUUCAUUUUUUAAAAAUGGAACAGUGAACGACUCGAGGUGCAUAAUGUUUCGCAGUAUAUAAUGUAUUAGAACAAAAAUAAGUUAUUGUUUAAAUGAUGAAGCAAUAUAAUUGGGGAUUGUUGAAAUUAUUAGUAAAUCGAUCAAGCUCAUAAUUUGGUCACUGUUUUGUGGUUUGCCUUGUAUAUUUGGACAUGUAAUGCAUUAUAAAUCUCAUUAUUUUAAUGGCUAAUUCAUUUUUAUAAUUUCGUUAAGGAAAUUGUUUGUAUUUAUUGUGUGUUACUCUAUGGGUAGAUGUAAAGAUGUGUUAACGGCUGAGCAGUUUUGUAUAAAAUUGUAAUGCACCGUUAGUGCGUUAAAAGAGCGAAAGUUAAAAAUAAUCUGAAUAACAUAGAUGUAAAUUAGGUAAUAGUUUAAAAACGUGUUUCUUUAUUUACAGGGGUGAUCAGAAGUUUGGCAAUAUUAUUUAUAGAAAUGGAAAAAAAUGAUUUCAGAUAAGGAAUGACACUGAGCCUUUUUGGUGUACAAAAAUAAAUAAAAAGAGUUAGCUUUAUAUCACUAGCUAUAAAGUGUGUCCAUCAUUAGAUAAUAAUCGACUGUUUAGUUACACAGAAGUAUAAUUUACAUGUAUUUUCGUUGUACACCAAAUAAAAUUGGAAUACAAUGUAUUAUGUCUAUCGUAUUAGGAUAAAUAAAUUUGCUAUCAUGUCA